AUGCAGUCCGUGCAGAGGAAAUUCGGCAGGCUCCUCAGCAAGAACCCAGGCGACAAUGCCAAAGUCUCGGUCUUGUUGAACGACUACGAGGAUGCAGAUCGCAUUCUGGCGAAGGCGAGCACUUUCCCAUCCUCCGCAAAAUCCUGGCAAGAGUCAUGGUUUACCCUAGUUAACUCGCAGCUCGAGAUCGCCAACGUCUAUGCGAGCCUCUACGACCCUAUAGUUGGCGCAUCCGACGGCCACGGUCGCCAGACUGCCAUCACCCCAGAGCUCCAGCUCCACAGGACCUUCGCACUUAAGGACGUCUACUCGGACCUGAGGACAGAGCUCACCGAGGACAUCACCUCGAUCGAGUCGCGAAUCAUUGCGCCUGCCAACAACGCCCGCCAAAACAUCGCCCCCAUACGAAAGACCAUCAAGAAGAGGGAGGACAAGCGCUUCGAUGUUGAGAAGACCCAGGACAAGGUCCACAAACUUCACCGCAAGGCAACCCGGACGCCCAAGGAGGAUGCUCAAUUGGCAAAAGCCGAGGACGAACUGGCAACCCUGUCCGAGGAGUUUGAAAUCGCCGAUCACCACCUGCGAGAGACCUUGCCCCCCAUAAUCCAGGCUACAUUCAGCCUCGUGCCUCCUCUUUUGGCUGCGCACAUUGUCAUCCAGAACCGGCUCCUCGGCUUAUAUUAUACUGUCUUACAUGGAUACUGUGAAGAGAAUGGCUUCCCGUCCCCAGCACCGCCAAUGGACGACGUGAUUGAGGCAUGGGCCCAAGCCUUUGAGCCUGGGAAGCGUGACGUGGAAUUGAUCUCUAUGAUUGCCCGGGGCAGAGGCAUCAGGGAGCCUCUGAACCUAUCGAACGAUGGCGCUCCGCUCGGCCGGCAGCUCUCAGCUCCUCCACCGGAACCCGGCAUGCGCCGCGCGUCAUCGAGCCUAAUACCUAGUGCCAAUGGGGGCCGGCCACGAAUAACGUCGUCCAACUCGGCUGCUCCUGCGACGUCGCCGACACCUUCGCCACAGCCUAGCCCUAACUUUGGCCCAAGGCCCGACGUCAAGAACUCCAACUAUGGUGGGCUCUUGAAGCCUACAGACUUCACGACCGCGAGUGAUCUGGGCAGGUCGUCUGGACAGGUCUCUCCGUCCCAGCUUCGCCAAACGUCUGCAGGUGACUAUUUCGGAAGCCGCAACCCACCCUCUCCAGCUUCCACGAUCGCGUCGAAUUUCUCGCAAACCAGCAUUGCGGCCAAGAAAAAGCCACCCCCACCGCCCCCACCGAAGCGAAUAGGCAGUGGCAAGCCAGAGGAGUACGUGAUUGCGCAGUACGAUUUCGCGGGCCAGGGCGCCGGCGACUUGUCUUUUCGGGAGGGCGACAGGAUUAAAAUCAUCAAGAAGACGCAGACCGACCAGGACUGGUGGACUGGCGAGCUUGCUGGCAGGAAAGGAAGCUUUCCUGCUAAUUAUUGCAAGCCCGCCUAG